GAGCGCGGCUGGCCGGGUCGCGGUCGCAGCUCCUUCCAGCUCCUGGCAGCCGGGUACCCGAAGAAACGGGUCGUGCAACGACGCAGCUGGACCUGGCCCAGCCAUGGACCGAAAAGUGGCCCGAGAAUUCCGGCAUAAGGUGGAUUUUCUGAUUGAAAAUGAUGCAGAGAAGGACUAUCUCUAUGAUGUGCUGCGAAUGUACCACCAGACCAUGGACGUGGCCGUGCUCGUGGGAGACCUGAAGCUGGUCAUCAAUGAACCCAGCCGUCUGCCUCUGUUUGAUGCCAUUCGGCCACUGAUCCCACUGAAGCACCAGGUGGAAUAUGAUCAGCUGACCCCCCGGCGCUCCAGGAAGCUGAAGGAGGUGCGUCUGGACCGUCUGCACCCCGAAGGCCUCGGCCUGAGUGUGCGUGGUGGCCUGGAGUUUGGCUGUGGGCUCUUCAUCUCCCACCUCAUCAAAGGCGGUCAGGCAGACAGUGUCGGGCUCCAGGUAGGGGACGAGAUCGUCCGGAUCAAUGGAUAUUCCAUCUCCUCCUGUACCCAUGAGGAGGUCAUCAACCUCAUUCGAACCAAGAAAACUGUGUCCAUCAAAGUGAGACACAUCGGCCUGAUCCCUGUGAAGAGCUCUCCUGAUGAGCCCCUCUCUUGGCAGUAUGUGGAUCAGUUUGUGUCGGAAUCUGGGGGCGGGCGAGGCAGCCUGGGCUCCCCUGGAAAUCGGGAAAACAAGGAGAAGAAGGUCUUCAUCAGCCUGGUGGGCUCCCGGGGCCUUGGCUGCAGCAUUUCCAGCGGCCCCAUCCAGAAGCCUGGCAUCUUCAUCAGCCACGUGAAACCUGGCUCCCUGUCUGCUGAGGUGGGAUUGGAGACAGGGGACCAGAUUGUCGAAGUCAAUGGCAUCGACUUCUCUAACCUGGAUCACAAAGAGGCUGUGAACGUGCUGAAGAGUAGCCGCAGCCUGACCAUCUCCAUCGUAGCUGGAGCUGGCCGGGAGCUGUUCAUGACAGACCGGGAGCGGCUGGCAGAGGCGCGGCAGCGUGAGCUGCAGCGGCAGGAGCUUCUCAUGCAGAAGCGGCUGGCGAUGGAGUCCAACAAGAUCCUCCAGGAGCAGCAGGAGAUGGAGCGGCAAAGGAGAAAAGAAAUUGCCCAGAAGGCAGCAGAGGAAAAUGAGAGAUACCGGAAGGAGAUGGAACAGAUUGUAGAGGAGGAAGAGAAGUUUAAGAAGCAAUGGGAAGAAGACUGGGGCUCAAAGGAACAGCUACUCUUGCCUAAAACCAUCACUGCUGAGGUACACCCAGUACCCCUUCGCAAGCCAAAGUCUUUUGGAUGGUUUUAUCGUUACGAUGGCAAAUUCCCAACCAUCCGGAAGAAAGGAAAAGAUAAGAAGAAAGCCAAGUAUGACAGCCUGCAGGACUUGAGAAAGAAUAAGAAAGAACUGGAGUUUGAGCAAAAGCUUUACAAAGAGAAAGAGGAAAUGCUGGAGAAGGAAAAGCAGCUAAAGAUCAACCGGCUGGCCCAGGAGGUGUCUGAGACGGAGCGGGAAGACCUUGAAGAAUCGGAAAAGAUUCAAUAUUGGGUGGAGAGGCUCUGUCAAACACGCCUCGAGCAGAUUUCCUCUGCUGAUAAUGAGAUUUCAGAGAUGACCACCGGGCCCCCGCCUCCCCCGCCUUCUGUGUCUCCCCUGGCCCCACCCUUGAGACGCUUUGCAGGCGGACUGCACCUGCACACCACUGACCUGGACGACAUCCCUUUGGACAUGUUCUACUAUCCCCCCAAGACUCCCUCUGCCUUGCCUGUGAUGCCCCACCCUCCACCCUCCAACCCACCCCACAAGGUCCCGGCGCCCCCUGUCCUUCCCUCAUCUGGCCAUGUGAGCGCCUCGUCCUCCCCAUGGGUGCAGCGCACUCCACCCCCCAUUCCCAUCCCUCCCCCGCCGUCCGUUCCCACCCAAGACCUCGCUCCCACCCGCCCACUGCCCUCGGCGCUGGAAGAAGCACUGGGCAACCAUCCCUUCCGCAAUGGGGACACAGGCAAUCCAGUGGAGGACUGGGAGGCAAAGAACCACAGUGGGAAGCCCACUAACUCCCCUGUCCCUGAACGGAGCUUCCCACCCACCCCAAAGACAUUUUGCCCAAGCCCACAGCCUCCACGAGGCCCUGGCGUGUCCACCAUCUCCAAACCUGUCAUGGUUCACCAGGAGCCCAAUUUCAUCUACAGGCCAGCUGUGAAAUCUGAAGUUCUGCCACAGGAGAUGUUGAAGAGGAUGGUGGUUUAUCAGACAGCAUUCAGACAAGAUUUCCGGAAAUAUGAGGAAGGCUUUGACCCCUACUCCAUGUUUACCCCAGAGCAGAUCAUGGGGAAGGAUGUCCGGCUCCUACGCAUUAAGAAGGAGGGAUCCUUAGACCUGGCCCUGGAAGGCGGUGUGGACUCCCCCAUUGGGAAGGUGGUCGUUUCUGCUGUGUACGAGGGGGGAGCUGCUGAGCGGCAUGGUGGCAUUGUGAAAGGGGAUGAGAUCAUGGCAAUCAACGGCAAGAUUGUGACAGACUACACCCUGGCUGAGGCUGAGGCUGCCCUGCAGAAGGCCUGGAAUCAGGGCGGGGACUGGAUCGACCUUGUGGUUGCCGUCUGCCCCCCGAAGGAGUAUGACGAUGAGCUAGCUUCUCUUCCCUCCUCCGCAGCCGAAAGUCCCCAGCCGGUCCGAAAGCUCCUUGAAGACCGCGCUGCCGUGCACAGACACGGGUUCCUCCUGCAGCUGGAGCCCACGGACCUUCUUCUGAAGUCCAAAAGGAGAAACCAAAUUCACCCUUAGAAAACAGUGAGCUCCGGCCCCACCUCCUGAACACAAAGCCUCAGACCAGCCUUGAGAGUGGCCACACUGCACACACCAGACGGCAUCCUUGGGACCUGAAUCUAUCACCCAGGAAUCUCAAACUCCCUUUCGCCCUGAACCAGGGCCAGAUAAGGAACAGCUCAGGCCACUCUUCUGAAGGCUAACGUGGAGGAAAGGGAGCAGCCGGCUGUUUGGGAGAAGAUCUCAAGGAUCCAGACUCUCAUUCCUUUCCUCCGGCCCAGUGAAUUUGGUCUCUCCCAGCCCUGGGGGAUUCCUUCCUUGAACCCUAAUAAGACCCCACUGGAGUCUCUCUCUCUCUCCAUCCCUCUCCUCUGCCCUCUGCUCUAAUUGCUGCCAGGAUUGUCACUGCAAACCUUACUCUGAGUUCAUUAAUAAAAUAAACAGAUUUAUUUUCCAGCUUA